AGGGCAGGGCCCCGCUCCGCCGCCGCAGGUGCGGAGGGGCUGGGCCAGGAGACGCCGAGCCCCGGCCGUGCUGCGCAGCUCCUUGGAGGCUCCUGAAGCUCCGUACGGCAGGCGCCGGGCGGCGUCCCCGGAGCCCGGGAGGGAUCCCCGCGCAGGGCCGCCCCCGCCCGCUCCCGUGGCGGCUCCGCGGCAGCCCCCGCCCUCCCGCCUCGGCGCUGCUCUGGCGGCGCAGUCCCGGGCCGGGACAGCUCCCGCUGUCGGGCGCGGCGCUUUAGGGCGGGGCGGCGGGGCUGGGGCGCAUCAUCUCGGGCUGCCCGGGCCGGGCUGACAGCGCGGCGGCCCCGGCCCCGCGCCCGCGCUGCGCCCCGCCGGCCGCGCGGGGGCGCCCUCCCGGCGGGCCGGGCCGUGCCGCGCCGCUCCCGCCUGUCCCGGAAGGCCCCGCGCAGGCCCCGCGCCCCGUCCGCCGGGCCAUGGCCGGGCUGUCCCGCACCCUCGGCAUCUUCGGCGCCUUCGUGGCCGUGGUGGGAGCCGCCUUUUACCCCAUUUAUUUCCGGCCGCUGCUGCUGCCCGAGGAGUACAAGAAAGAACAGGUAAUUAACCGAGCUGGUAUUGUUCAAGAGGAUAUUCAGCCUGGAGGGUUAAAAGUGUGGUCGGAUCCAUUUGGAAGAAAGUAAUUGGCGGCUGGGUGUAUUGCAAAACUGAAGAUGGACGUCUUCAGCAGCUGCUUCUUUCAAUGAAGUGUGUCUUUGGGUAUCGCCGGAGAAGAAUUCUGAAUAUGCUGUGUGGGCACAGGAGGAGCAAGAAAGGCUACUGGUUGGAAUCCCAAGAGAUAAAAACAUGCUAGUUCUGAGAGAGAAGGCUGGUGCAUAGCUCACACACUGUUAGAAAGCUACAUGAUUUAAGUAUAGAAGUAAAAUGUUUAUUUCCUUAAGAAAAGGAAAAAGGAUUUUCUUCUAAUGUGUAGACACAGAGUAAAUUAUGGAUAGAAUAAAUCGUGCAGACUACUGCAAUUUCCUCCCUAGUUUGAAAGUUAGAACAUGGUGAGUGUAAAUUUGUACAUUAAAAUCUUUAAACUAC